AUGACUGUGUUCUCCACAGCAUCUAAAGAGAGGGGCGCUUAUAUCGCCUUUGAGGCGGAGUGGAGCCUGACGCUGCAGGAAGAGGCCACAGCCAUUCUCUACAGGGAUAACCAUGGGCGCGGGCACGCGGACGGCGCUUGCGCAGCUUCUCGCCCCGCCCCGCCCCGCCCCGCCCCGGCUGGGACGGCAAGGGGCGGGGCCGAGUGCGGGCUUCCCGGGGACCUGGGGGUCCCCAGUGCGAGCGCUCCGUGGGUCCUUAGGGGACUUGCGCGGGGAGCGCUGCGUCCCAGUCAUCGGGCCGGCGGGGGUGCGCGCUGCAGCGGGCGCAGACUCCUUCGGCCACCGCCGCUUGUCCCGCGCGCCCCGCCCGGGCGUCGGCGCUCCGGCGUCCUGGCUGCCGGCGCCCUGGCCUGGCUGCUCCUCUGGGCGGCUGGGCUGGUCGGCAGGCUCGCCGCGGACCUCAGCGAUGCCCCCUUCCACUCUGGUAUAAGGGCCACUUGUUCUGAAAUCAUUUUGAGGCAAGAAUUUUUGAAAGAUGGUUUCCACAGAGACCUGGUAAUAAAAGUGAAAUUUGGAGAAAGCAUUGAGGACUUGCAGACUUGCCGACUCUUAAUUAGACAUUACAUCCCAACAGGACUUUUUGUGGAUCCGUAUGAGCUGGCUUCAUUACGAGAGAGAAACGUGACUCAGGCAGUGAUGGUGUCAGAAAACUUUAAUAUAGAAGCCCCCAACUACUUGUCCAAAGAAUCCGAGGUCCUCAUCUAUGCACGACAAGAUGCACAGUGCAUCGAUUGCUUCCAGGCCUUUUUGCCUGUGCACUAUCGCUAUCAUCGGCCGCAUAGGAAAGAUGGAGACACCCUGAUUGUGGUCAACAACCCAGAGUUACUGAUGUACUGUGACCAAGAGUUCCCUGUUUUGAAAUGCUGGGCUCAGUCAAAAGUGGCAGCUCCCUGUGCUUUGAAAAGUGAAGAGAUCUGCCAGUGGAACAGCAUGCAGUAUAAAUCAAUACUGAAGAAUUUGACCCUGCAAGUUCCUGUGGGACUGACUAUACACACCACUUUAGUGUGUUCUGUGACUCUGCUUAUUACCAUCCUGUGUUCUACUUUGAUCCUGUUAGCUGUUUUCAAAUAUGGCCAUUUUUCCCUGUAAGUUUUACAUAGUUAGAUGUUUUCUAGGAACCUAAUAAAUGAGAUCUAUUACUUUGUGACAAGAA